GCCGCCGCCGCCGCCGUCGGGGGGAGCCGGGCCGGGCACGCUGCGCCGUCGCCGGGAGGAUUAGCCGCCGUCGGGCGGGGGGCUUCGGGGCGCUUUUCUCGGGAGGAGGUCGCAGGUCGUUGGCCCAGCCGGAUCGGGACCCCGCGGAGCCGGUAAUCGAAUGGACCAGCAACCCAGCCCCAGGAGUUGCAGCCGGGGGCCGCCAGCCUGCGAAGCCGUCCAGAGCGACCCUUCCAUGAAUGUGCACAUCCACACGACCACCGGAGCCCGGUAUGAACUCUCGGUCCCCUUGGAAGAGACGGUGGAAGGUCUGAAGAGGAGGCUGUCCCAGAGGCUCAAAGUGCCGAAGGAAAGGCUGGCUCUCCUGCACAAAGAAAGUCACCUUAACUCCGGCAAACUACAAGAUCUGGGGGUCCUGGAAGGAAGCAAGUUGACUUUGGUACCCACGGUGGAAGCAGGCUUGAUGUCUCAAGCAUCCAGGCCCGAACAGUCUGUAAUGCAGGCUUUGGAAAGCUUAACAGAAACUCAGGUAAAUGACUUCCUCUCAGGAAGGUCUCCCCUGACCCUCGCCCUGCGCGUCGGGGACCACAUGAUGUUCGUCCAGCUGCAGCUCGCGGCGCAACAGAACGGCGGCCAAGUGCAGCACCGCCACGUCAUCGCCAGCCGCGGAGAGCUGCCCAGCGGGGGGACGCCCACGGUGCCCGUGCCGGUCGCUGGCCCUGCCGCCUCCAAUUGCCGCACGUUUCAUGGGGGCAGCAGCAGCAGCAGCAGCCACUCCGCUGCCGGUUUUGCCCGGGUCCCUGUGGUGCCCCCUUGCCAGCAGAGCCCAGCCCCUAGUCCCGCUGCCCCUUCGUCGUCGGCUCAGGCCGCACCUAUGUACUGUAAUGCAGCCCACCCCACGCCGGUCACGGCGGGCAUGUUCCGGUCGCACGGGGCCAGUGCGCAAGCGGUCAGCAGCAGCGGUGUCGUCUCCUCAUGUUCAGAGGUGGACUGCACAGCACGGAGUAAUGGCUUGCCUGGGGGCAGCCCAACCCAGCGUUCCCGUAAACCUGGCGCCGUGAUUGAAAGUUUCGUUAACCACGCCCCAGGGGUCUUCUCGGGAACUUUCUCUGGCACUUUGCACCCCAACUGCCAAGACAGCAGCGGGCGGCCACGGCGGGAUAUCGGCACCAUCCUCCAAAUCCUCAACGACCUCCUGAGUGCCACGCGGAACUACCAGGGCAUGCCCCACUCCCUGACGCAGCUGCGGUGCCAGACCCAGUGCUCUUUGUCCUCUUCACCACCGCCCUCCCCAAAUCUUGCCAAUAACGCUACCUCAGAGAAACUGGCAGCUGCUGCUAACCAGUCUUUGCACCCUGGGGUCCCGUGUCCAAGCCAAGUGGGGAUUUGCAAGCCUUCUGGUGACCGCUUGCGGCAGACAGAGAACCGGGCCACCCGUUGCAAGGUGGAACGCUUGCAGCUCUUGAUGCAGCAGAAACGGUUGCGCCGAAAGGCCCGGCGGGAUGCCCGUGCACCAUACCACUGGCUACCGAACCGCAAGUCCACCCGAAGUCACAGCAACAGUAGCAUCUCUAGCGAAGGCAGUUUGGACCUAGACUUUGAAGACUCUGUCUGGAAGCCCGAAGUCAAGGCGGACAUGAAAUCCGAAUUUGUUGUAGCAUAAACUCAACAAACACUGGGUGGAGGAAAUCAGAGUGUAGUCUUUUGGGGAGGGGGGGAUCACCAUGGAAAAAGAAAAAGACCGUUUUAGUAAUAAUUAAAAAUAAUUUUUUUUGUCUGAGAGCAAAAGUUUUGGGUGCUUGAUUUCUAAAGAAACAGACUUGCUUGCUGUGAAUUUCACAGGGCGCAUCUCUUCUUGGAUGUCUUGAGGCGGACGAGACUUCGGAAUUGGAACAGUGUUUUCUAUUCUUCUUUUCGGAAUCGUUUCUGGUUUUAAUUUUCAGGACUGAAAAUGGUUCAGGGCAGGGUGAGAAAGCGAGCAAGAGGGUGCUCGAUCCCAGCAAAAAAACUUAAAAAGGAAGGUGGCAAUUUUUUUUUUGUUUAAUUUUUGUUGCGUUUUUAAGAAAGCGGACCCUCCAUAUGGCUGUCUUAUAUCGAAUGAUGCGUAGAAGAGAACACAGAAAGGAACCGGACUUGAGAACUUGGGGGUGGGAGGGACGAAGGACACAGACUUGCACCUGACUUCCUGAUUUUUUUUUUUAAGGAAGGAAGGCAAAACUGGGCGGGGGGGGGGGACUUGUGGUGUGUCAAAGCUGCUGGCUUCCUGUGACCUUGGCAAGGAUGUUUGUUUAAAAAAUUUAGAGACAGUUUUAUUGCUAGAAGCUCCCUCUCUUCUCUCCUUUUUAAUUUUUAUGUGUAACGGGAAGCGCUGUGCAUUCUUCAGGUGGGGCGGGUGUCCUGAAUUGGGGAGGGGGGGCCAAAAGACGGAAUUGAGAGGAAAUUAUGCUUGUAGCGUAGAUUAAUGAUAUUAUUAGCGUGUUUUCUCCCCUGGAAUAUGUAGCAUUUCUCAACUAACUUUUUAUCUUUUCCUAUCAAAGUGCCCCCCCCUUCCCGAACUUCCCCCAUCCUCAUUACCACUGGUGUUUGCUAUCACAAGAACCUCAUGCACUUUAGAGGUGAGCAGUGUGAAAUGACAACAAGGCCCACAAAAAGCUUUGCAUUUUUCCAAGAUACGGAUGGGGCGGGAGCGCAGAAUGCUGAGCAAACUCACGGAAGGGAUCUCCCUUCUCAUUCUCUGUUUCUCUCUUGCUCUCAAAUGUGUACGUUUAAAUUCAGCAGGUUACUGGGCUUUCUCUCUCUCCUCUCUCUCAGUGGGAGAUAACCCAGGCCUUGGUCUCCAAUAUUUCUCCUCCUACCCAAAGCCUGGGGUGGGUUUUAUCACGGAGGAAUCUAAAGUUCUGGCGCAGUCUCCGUUUUCUCUCUGCCCCUGCAGGCGCCUGGAUCCUCUGUCUCUGACUAACCACCUAUUUACGCUACGCUCUUUGACCCCAUAGAGUCACACAUUCUUCCCUGCUUUGGGGGCACCUGUGGUAGAGACUGCUUACACCCCAAUACCUCUGCUGCCAUCACCCAAGGCUGAGACCAUCAUAACAUGCUCCGUUGUCUACCAUGUGGUGUACACCCUUUUGCCUGCCCACAGGUCUGCCCACGUUUGUGCAAGAAUACAACACUUACCCUCUGUUGUAAAGACCAAGCUUUCUCUUCCAUCUCUUACCAUGUUUUUUUUUGUAAAGGAUUUUUUUUUUGUUAAAUAAAAUGACACAAAUAAGUAUCUGGGAACACUUGUAUAGAUACUUGGGGGAAUGUUUUUUUAAAAAUUAUUAUUUAUAGACUUUUUAAAACGAUCUGAGCCAGUAACUUUUCAUAGGCUGUAGAAGUUGUUCAUGUCUCUUUUCUGUGCAGAACCACAUUGUGGGGUGUGUGUGUGUGUUUGUGUUCAGGGUGGGAGGGGCACUGUAAGAGAAGGGGGAAUGUGUGAAAAGUGAGGAAGAAUUGCCUUUCUGGAUUCUGUUGUUACCCGACCUUCACUUUUCAGCAAUGCAAACCUAUCUAUUAAAAAUUUAAUCUGCUCUGAAAACAGGGAUUGGUCCGUUUGGCAUGUGGCUGUGUGCUGGGGAACAGACAUACGCUGGUAACUUACUAGCACCCUUCUAAAAACUGGGCCUGACCAGGGCAUUUUCAGAGAACCCAGGAUAGAUGAUAAACCCUCAAUGUGGAUUUGGCGGGUUGAUAUCCUGCCCUUUCCAAAUCUCAUUCAAAAGAUGCUUUUGGCCCGAAGGUGGGUUAGUUUCCUCCGUUUAGUUUGUAGAGUUUGGGGUUCGUUUUUUUUUUUUUAAUUACCACUUGGGAAGCUAAAAUAACAGCAAAGUCCCCUGAACUUAAUAGUGGGGCUUUUUGUGUGUGUGUUCAGACUCGUGCGUGAUUCUCUUUUUUGAGCCUUACUCUGCUUGCACCAAUUUUGAAACUGGGGAGGGUGCGUGAGACAGCGUGCAUGUGAGUAUCGUUUCCCCCUACGAGUUUUUAAGGGCAAACCCGCCCACCUUCCCCUUGCCUCUUCCCCGUACACCCUCUUUGUUCAAGCACCCCCCUGAAAUUGGUUCAAGAUCAGUAUUUAAUCGCACACCUUUUUUUUGGGUAAGCAAACGGUUAGAUCCCGACGAAAGGAACUGGGUGGAUGGUCUCUCUUGAGGCCUUAGUCCGGAGAGAUCUUUUUUAAAAAAAACACUAUUGGUUGUUCAACGUAUGUGUUUGUGUAUGUAUGUUUUUUUUUAAAGCAGGGAAUUAUUUAAAGCAAACCAGAACUGACUUCUGGAGCAAAGUGCCUCACUCUGGAAUCAUUUGCACAGCCAUCACUGUUUUUGGAGUUAUCUCCUUGUGAUAAAUCCCUCCUCCCUUGCAAAGGUCAUCCUUAGGGACCGAGUUGUGUUUACCUUCUGGCUAUCUUCUGAAGGACUUCUUCCUGGAAAGGAGAAAUCUCCAAGACAGGCGCCUAGGAAAAAAAGUAGUUCUGGAAAAGCUCUUAAUGUCUCAAGAGAAUGCAGGCUUUGGACAUGGAUAUCUUUUGAAUUAGUAUACUUUUUAACCAUUGUUAUUUUUCAUCUUGGCAAAAAAAAACCCCUCAAUUUUGUAUACACUUAAUUUGCAAAGUUCCAUGCUUCUAAUGGAGUGGAGCAAAACCUUCUCUCAAUGGAAAGUGUCCAUUUCUAUGUUUAUCCUCUAAUUGUAUAUACAUUCCCGUUCCUGCUAUUCAGCAAUCUGGAUUAAUCUGAAUAGAAAUCUGGGGAAUAUCCCCCCCCCCCUUUUCCUCCACCAUGGAACAUUUGGGGCCAUAGAUUUGUCCAAAGUUGUGAAUGAAAACUGCAUCGCAUGUACGCAUGGAAGCAGUUGCUAGCAAAGUGGUUGGUCACCUCGUCAUUUCACGGGAGGUAACUUUAACCCCUACCCCCUUUCCCUUUCACAUUUGGUGAUAAUCAUGUUUAAUAUCACCCAUCUUUCAAAAGCAUUCCAAGCGCCAGACACUUGUGGUUGAGGGUGAGAAAGGGCGGGGGAGACCCUCUCUUUUUUAGAAACUAGGUUUUAAAUAUUUUGUGUGAAUUAACAUUUCAUGGUGGCUAGCUUGCGCGGCGUUAACGUCUUUCCCCUUUGAGAGCAUCCCUAGGAAAAGUAUACCAUGCUGAAUCUAGAAGCAGUGCAGGAUGAGUCCCAAAUCCCAUUGAAAGGCAAAAAGUGCGUCUUCCAGAGAAUCCGAAGAGUUAUUUUUAAAUUAACUUGGAAGGGACGGGGUGUUGUCAGAUGACCAGUUUUCGAAACUAAUAAUUCUACUUGCGCAUUUCCUGCCUCUCGUAGCCCCCACCCUGAUAUGUAGCAACGAUCAUCCCCAUCUUUCCACCCAGGCGUCUUUUGUGUAUUUAAAAUGUCGCAUGGACCCUUUGCUGCCAAGGUUUGUAUCCAUCCCUGUCUUUCUACGGAAGAUUUUGGUAGUAGUCCUGCCUCCCUUGCCAACAUGUGGGGAUUAAUGUUCCCCCUGUGGUCAAAAAUGUCCUUACACUUCCUGUUUCCUUUCCCUAGAUGUGAAAUUCCUUUUUUUUUUUAUGUGAUGCUGUAGCGGAGUUUUUUUUUUUUUAAUUUUUGGAAAUGUUUUUUUAUUAUAUAUUUAAGUGUACAACUUUUUUUGUAUGGUGUGUGCGUGUGCGUACGCUUGUUUCCCUGUCAUCCACUUCUCCACCUUCUCAUCUUGGGUUUUUAUUUUUUUGUUCUGUUUUUUUUUUUCAAUUUAGGGGAAAAAAACAGCAAAAAGAAUAAGAGCAAAAAGCAUUAAAAACAAUUCUGUGUGUGUGUUGAAAGAGUGUUGGGGGAAGGGGGAGGGAUGCGUAGACCUGUUAUCACCUCAUUUAAGUUACCUGUAUUAAAAAAAAAUUAAAAAAUGGUUUAAAAAUAAUAAACACAAAAUAAAGAUUGCUUGAGCCACAAA